GCGCUGGCGGGCGGUCUUGAGUACCUGCGCUGGGCGGGCGGGAACGGCGCGCGGCGAGCUGAGGGUGGCGGCGGUCGACAUGUUCCAGGUUCCGGAUAGCGAGGGCGGCCGCGCCGGCUCCAGGGCCAUGAAGCCCCCAGGAGGAGAAUCGAGCAAUCUUUUUGGAAGUCCAGAAGAAGCUACUCCUUCCAGCAGGCCUAAUAGGAUGGCAUCUAAUAUUUUUGGACCAACAGAAGAACCUCAGAACAUACCCAAGAGGACAAAUCCCCCAGGGGGUAAAGGAAGUGGUAUCUUUGACGAAUCAACCCCCGUGCAGACUCGACAGCACCUGAACCCACCUGGAGGGAAGACCAGCGACAUUUUUGGGUCUCCGGUCACUGCCACUUCACGCUUGGCACACCCAAACAAACCCAAGGAUCAUGUUUUCUUAUGUGAAGGAGAAGAACCAAAAUCGGAUCUUAAAGCUGCAAGGAGCAUCCCGGCUGGAGCAGAGCCAGGUGAGAAAGGCAGCGCCAGAGAAGCAGGCCCCGCCAAGGAGCAGGAGCCCAUGCCCACAGUCGACAGCCAUGAGCCCCGGCUGGGGCCGCGGCCUCGCUCUCACAACAAGGUCCUGAACCCACCGGGAGGCAAAUCCAGCAUCUCCUUCUACUAAGAGAAGCCACUGCUCCACCCGGAGCCAGACCAGAAACUCAAGAGAUAGGAAAAAAGUCAAUUGUUCAGGUACACCAAAGAGGAAGAAGAGCUGUGGAGGCCACCCUCUACAAAGCUUUAUAGAACUUCUGGAUCUAACUCACAAACAAGCUUCCGGAAGAGACUAGAGACCUUAGGCCAGGAGAUGAAGGAGUUCAGUAGCAAAGUCACACCUGUCCAAUUCCCUGAGCUUUGCUCACUCAGCUAAUGGGAUGGCAAAGGUGGUGGUGCUUUCAUCUUCAGGCAGAAGCCUCUGCCCAUCCCCCUCAAGGGCUGCAGGCCCAGUUCUCAUGCUGCCCUUGGGUGGGCAUCUGUUAACAGAGGAGAACGUCUGGGUGGCGGCAGCUUUGCUCUGAGUGCCUACAAAGCUAAUGCUUGGUGCUAGAAACAUCAUCAUUAUUAAACUUCAGAAAAGCAGCAGCCGUGUUCAGUCAGGCUCAUGCUGCCUCACUGCUUAAGUGCCUGCAGGAGCCGCCUGCCAAGCUCCCUUUCCUACACCUGGCACACUGGGGUCUGCACAAGGCUUUGUCAACCAAAGACAGCUUCCCCCUUUUGAUUGCCUGUAGACUUUGGAGCCAAGAAACACUGUGUGUGACUCUACACACACUUCAGGUGGUUUGUGCUUCAAAGUCAUUGAUGCAACUUGAAAGGAAACAGUUUAAUGGUGGAAAUGAACUACCAUUUAUAACUUCUGUUUUUUUAUUGAGAAAAUGAUUCACGAAUUCCAAAUCAGAUUGCCAGGAAGAAAUAGGACGUGAUGGUACUGGGCCCUGUGAUUCUCCCAGCCCUUCAGUCCACUAGGUGAGAGGAAAAGCUCUUUACUUCCGCCCCUGGCAGGGACUUCUGGGUUAUGGGAGAAACCAGAGAUGGGAAUGAGGAAAAUAUGAACUACAGCAGAAGCCCCUGGGCAGCUGUGAUGGAGCCCCUGACAUUACUCUUCUUGCAUCUGUCCUGCCUUCUUUCCCUCUGCGAGGCAGUGGGGCAGGAUUCAGAGUGCUUAGUCUGCUCACUGGGAGAAGAAGAGUUCCUGCGUAUGCAAGCCCUGCUGUGUGGCUGUCGUUUACAUUUGGGAGGUGUCCUGUAUGUCUGUACGUUGGGGACUGCCUGUAUUUGGAAGAUUUAAAAACCUAGCAUCCUGUUCUCACCCUCUAAGCUGCAUUGAGAAAUGACUCGUCUCUGUAUUUGUAUUAAGCCUUAACACUUUUCUUAAGUGCAUUCGGUGCCAACAUUUUUCUAGAGCUGUACCAAAACAAGCCUGUACUCACAUCACAAUGUCAUUUUGAUAGGAGCGUUUUGUUAUUUUUACAAGGCAGAAUGGGGUGUAACAGUUGAAUUAAACUUAGCAAUCACGUGCUCAGA